AAACCGUAUCGAUGCUUCAUCUUCAAAACCAAGCCCUUUGAGAUUUCCGAAGAUCACACAAAUCCAAAACCCUAGAUCAAAAAAGAGCAGCAGGGACUAUUCAAUGGCGUCCAAAAGAAUUAACAAGGAGCUUAGGGACUUGCAAAGGGAUCCUCCUGUGUCAUGCAGUGCCGGUCCUGUGGGAGAUGAUAUGUUUCACUGGCAAGCAACUAUCAUGGGUCCAACCGAAAGCCCAUUCACCGGAGGUGUUUUUGUUGUUACCAUUCACUUCCCACCAGAUUACCCCUUCAAGCCACCAAAGGUUUCCUUCCGCACCAAGGUUUAUCACCCAAACAUCAACAGUAACGGAAGUAUCUGUCUUGACAUUCUGAAAGACCAGUGGAGCCCUGCGCUAACCAUAUCCAAGGUUCUUCUGUCGAUAUGCUCACUGCUGACAGAUCCAAAUCCUGAUGAUCCCCUGGUUCCUGAAAUAGCUCACAUCUACAAGACAGACAGAGUCAAGUACGAGGCCACUGCCCGAUCCUGGACCCAGAAGUAUGCAAUGUCAUGAUGGCUAGCAAUAAUACCCACACCAGUACAUUGCGCAUUAAUCAGAAGAGAAAUAAAGAAACCAAAAAAAAAAUCUGAGUUUGGACUUUUACUUUUGGCUACUCUUGCUUGUUAGUUUUUUUUAAAAAAAAAAUCUUGAAGCCGUGUGUUUGGGUGUGUACAUGAGCUUUAUUAUGCCUUAUUGAGACAUUGAUAUCUUCCAUUGCUUUUAGCCAAUAAUUGGCUUUCGUGAUA